AUGACAACAUUCAAACAACAAACAAUCAAGGAGAAGGAAACAAAGAGGAAAUAUUGCAUAAAGGGUACCACUGCCAACUUAACACAAACGCAUCCCAAUGGGCCCGUUUGUGUGAAUCGAGGAGAGGAGGUUGCAAACACAACUACGCUUCUUGAUAGUGGUGGUGGUAUCAACAAAAAAUCGUUACUUCAAAAUUUGCUUUCGAAGUGCAAAACAACGUUUCAACAAUCAUUCACCAAUGCAAACAUUACCUUGAAGGAUGAAAAAUGGUUAAAGAACGUAAGGACGGCAUAUUUUGUGUGUGAUCAUGAUGGAAGUGUAGAGUUGGCCUAUUUGCCAAAUGUAUUGCCGAAAGAAUUAGUGGAGGAAUUUACAGAAAAGUUUGAAUCUAUUCAAACUGGUAGGAAAAAGGAUACUGGAUAUAGUGGAAUUUUGGAUAAUAGUAUGCCAUUUAACUACGUUACUGCGGAUCUUUCACAAGAGUUGGGACAGUAUUUAUCGGAAAUUGUGAAUCCACAGAUCAAUUAUUACAUUUCAAAGUUGUUGACGUGUGUUUCAUCCAGAACGAUCAACUACUUGGUAUCAUUGAAUGAUUCAUACUAUGCUCUAAAUAAUUGUUUAUAUCCCUCAACCGCCUUCAACUCGUUAAAACCAAGCAACGAUGGUCACAGAAUUAGAAAACCACAUAAAGAUAAUCUUGAUAUCACUCCAAGUUCGUUGUUUUACUUUGGCAAUUUUCAAAACACAGAAGGAUAUUUAGAAUUGACUGAUAAGAAUUGCAAGGUGUUUGUUCAACCUGGAGACGUGCUAUUCUUCAAAGGAAAUGAAUACAAGCAUGUUGUUGCAAAUAUCACAUCGGGAUGGAGGAUAGGAUUGGUGUAUUUUGCUCAUAAAGGAAGCAAAACUAAACCGUAUUAUGAAGACACCCAAAAGAACUCCCUUAAAAUACAUAAAGAAACUAAAUAA